UAAUGACACAAUCGAUAUCACAUUUUUAGUACUUAAAGAUUAUUGAACCGAUAGAAGGCUGUUAUUUUUAAUAUAUUUUUUUAAUAAUGUAGAUUGUAAUUAUUGGAGUGUGAUAAAUUAAAUGUUAACAAUAAAAUGUCCAAAAGACAAGCAGUUGGUGCUACGGCAGUCUCGACCACCGAAGGCAAAGAUCAACUUCAAACAAAAUAUUUUUGUCAAGUUACUCAAAAGCAGAUCGUUGAAGUCGUGAUGGAACUAUCAGCCAUUGAAACAAACCUUCAACGCCGAUUACCUUUACGUUACGUCCUUGUAAUUGACGUGAGUGGAAGUAUGGACAGUCACAUAGGCAAAGAAUCAGAAUCUUUACUCGACAGGGUGAAGAUAUUCGCGGAACUGGUCGUACAAAACAUCGCAAAUGCAGAUUCACUCGCCAUAGUUACGUUUUCUCAUGAUGUCAAUACAGAUAUGAAGAUGACUGUGAUGAACAAUGCCGCUAAGACUAAAGCAAAAGACGUUAUUAGAAGUCUCCAUACAAAAGGUGGCACUAAUCUCGAAAUUGGAUUGAUGGCAGGAUUACAUGUGCUUAAACAAGAUUCUGAAAAGCAUGAUCAAGAUUUGAUGAUUGUAUUCACGGAUGGAAUGGCCAAUUCGGGUGAAACCGAUCCGGAGCAACUUGUCAUCAAAUACAAAAAUUAUCAGGAGUCAAUGAAUAAAACUAGCUGUGUACCGAUUUCCGCAUUUACAAUCGGUCAAUACGCACCAGUGUUUCUGAACGAGAUUGCAGGACAUCUCGGAAGUGAUGCGUUUUAUUGGUUGAACGAAGAAGAGGAAUUUGAGGCUGACAUGCUAAUACCUGUAUUUCUUAGGGAAACAACUCGAGUUACCGAUGUCAGUAUCGACAUGAACUGCUUGAAAGGAAUUGUUUUCGAUGAAAAUCACAUUCAUGGAAAACAUUUACUGGAAUCCUCCGGAAAGAUGCUGAAGUACUUCAUACAUGCAAUGCCAGAAGAUACCAAGAAGCAUAUUCAAUUUACACUCGUGUUACCUCAGGAUGAAUUGGAAGAGUUGGAUGACCAGCAUAUUGUCGAUAUAAAAGUCAGUUAUCUUGACGACAAGAUGAAUAAACAGAAUGUGGAUGAUUUUGUGAUACUAUGCACCAAAACUUUGAGCGAAUGCAAAAACGAAAAAUCGGGAGGAAGAAAAGGUUACAAAGCCGAUGCUGUCAUGAAUGAAAUAUCGUCGUUCACAAUUUUUCAAAAAACAGUCAACGUCAAUUGGAUAGAAGCUCAGACUUCUCUCGUUUGUAUUGCUGAAGAAAAAUACAGAAAUUUGUGCAUGAUCGGAUUGAAUAAUGCUGAAUAUUAUAUUAUCAAUGGAGAUAUGAAAGGUCAUGGGAAAGCAAUUCAAGAUGCAAUUUUAGAAAUCAAUGAAAUUAAAAAACAAUACACGGUUAUACUAGGUGAUCGCAGUAAAUAUGCAAAACAACUCAACGAUGGUGCUGAUGGUUGGAUAGAGAAACUUAAUUUUGGAAAAACUAUUAAAACAGAAAAUGGUCUUGGUAGACUUUUUGCAAUGCAAUCCUCCAUAGCUACAGAAAUGCCAACAGCCAAAGGAGUUUUCGAUCCGAAAAUGAAACAGCCAUAUUUGCAUCCUGAAAUUGAAAAGAAGCUCAGACAAUAUGAAAAGAUCGUGAAACGUACCAAGAUGAAAACGUUCCAAACUACAAGUGUUUUCAAAGCUCAAAACAUUCUUGUGUCUGAAGCUUUACGUGAUAAGAAAGUUGGCGCAAAACGAGAAACGAUGUCUGAUUUAAUCAUCAAAUGCGGGGGAAGACCAGUACCUAACGUCAACACGGUAUUCAACAAUACAUUUUUAGUGUGUUCUGACAAAGAUUUCAAGAAAAAUACAGUAUUGGUGCGGGAUUCUAAAAGGGCUAAAAUUCCAAUUGUUCGAGAGGAUUACAUAUAUCAAUGCAUUAAAGACAAGAAAAUAUUAGAUCUAGAUCCAUAUUUAUUAAAUAAAGAUAAGAUAAAGGUCCCGAUGAGUACAUAAUCUCUACUUUAAGUUUGAUAAAACAGAUGAUCUAACUAAAUGAUAAUAAAUUACUGUGCGUUAUACCGGAAGACAGUUUAUAUAUGUUCGAUUUUAUCGAGACCUGAAGUUGCUGAAAUAUACAUUCAGCAUAAUGCAUAUACAGCAUGAUCUAAUAUUUCCAUCGCAUGUAUAUAUAUAUGUCCCCGAAAAAAUGAAGUAGAAGUUAGAAAAGAAGCUACCUAGAAAUACUUAGAAUGCAUAUGAGAAAAAUGUUUACUAUUUUUUUUCGUGCAUGUACAACUCAUGUUAUUUUAAUAUUUUUGCUUCAUUUAUUUUUCAUCCCCAAUUGAUUCAAAUAUCAAAGAAGUAAUUUGUGCACUCGUUUAAUAUGCACUGUUAGCGGCAAUCGAUAUUAGAAAUGUACCGAUUUGUCGGUAUCGGCCAUUUCUGUGAUAUCGGCAUCGACUACAAAUAGAACGGUAUUUUUGCGAUGUAUUCCGCUCUUUGAUCUGAUCUAGAAUGUUUCAAGAGAUAAGUUAAUAUAUGGAUGAUGUGGCUUGAUGUCAUAGAAUGAUUUAAUGUCCCAACACUCACAUAAUAAUGCUUUGCGCGUAUGACGUUAUAAGUAAUGGACUGUAAAAUGCGCGCAAAGCAUGCGCUAUAGUCAUUUGAGUUUAUAAGUUGAUGCUGUAUGUUGCUAAAUGAUGUUCUAUAUUUAAUUCUGUGUAGUUACCAAUACAAACUGUGUUUCCGUAAGUCUUCUUCGUAUGUUCAUAGCAACGCCUCUAGGUAUCUUGCCGAUAACCCAAUGAGACAGAUGAUAAUAACAGAAUUUUUUUUUGUUGCUGUGCGAUCAAGUUCGCGGCAUUCACUGGCUACUUAACUCUUCAUGGUUUUUGGACAGCACGAAUGUACAUAUGAAUUCUUUUGUACUUAUGUUAUUGUUAUCUUAGUAUUUUUUCACAAGAUGCAAUAUUUUCAAAUCUGAUGACGUCAUCACAUACAAAAAAGGGUAAUAUCGCACAUCGCACCUAAUUACUUUAUUUCUCGUAAAGGUAUCGCAUUGUCGCGAUUUAUAGCCUUGUUGGCUUUUCAUGUAAAUAUAUCUUGAUUAUGCCAUCUUUGGGCGUUGAAAAAAAUAGCUCUUUAAUUUGAA